AUGGACGGCGGCGACGUCGCGACCGGGGGCGGCGGCGGCGGCGGGAGCGGCGGGGGCGGCCGGGGCACCAGCAUCCACAUCACGGCGCUGGACGGCAUCGUGAACGUGAACUCGCUCUUCACCCUGGCCGCGUUCCUGGGCCUGGCGUGGCGGCCCUCCUCCGACGGGCCGGGGCUCGCGGACGGCGCCGACCCGCGCACGGGGAACCCCUGCGCCGCGGGGGACCGCGCCGAGUCCGACCUCGUCUCCUUCCACGUCCUCGCCUUCGCCUGCUUCCUCUUCUCCAGCCUCGUCGCGCUCUGCCUCAAGCAGCUCGUCCGCACCUACCCCGGCCACCGCCGCGCCGCCUCUUCCUCCGCCGCCGUGGGCGCGGGCGUCGUCCUAGGCCGGACGGCGCGGAUCAACCGCGCCGCGCUCCGCGUCGGGAUCCUCGCGUCCGCCGUGGGCUCCGUCGUGGGGUGCGGCUUCCUCAUGAUGGCCCUCGUCAACGUGGUGCAGGUGAAGCUCGGCCGCCUCGGGUGCGGCGCCGGCGGGGCCGCCGCCUGGGCCGCCGUCGUGCCGCUCGUCACCCUUGUCCCCUCCGCCAUGCUCAUCUACAUCGGCAUCGUCUUCUACGCAUUCACACGCUAG